AUGGAGGGCGACCCUCGCUUCCGGCAACAGUUUGCUCGCGAUUUCCGGGCUGUGGAAGAGGAUCCUAGCGACGCCGACGCAUCAGCGAUCCCGAAUUUGCAAGUUUCCGAUACCGAAUUGAACGCUCUGCAGUCCCGAUUUCUUGAUGGUGCCCCUAACCCUGAGCGCAUGACUGAUCUGGAGUAUAUGCCGCGUAGCGCGCAAACUCUCCACCGGAUGCCGCUGCCUUCCAUUCGCAGGACCCCUAUCGACGAAUUCAACCGUUCCCAGCCGCUGCUAACGCUCGCGUUCCCUACCCUCUACCCUGACGGCAAGGCCGACUUCGUGGAGCCUCGCCUACGGAGCAUCACGUACCAGGACUACCUUGGCCAUGCGAUGAGAUGGCAUGACGGACGUUUUGCCCGCCAUAAGACGUGGCCUUUCGUCGCCCUCAACACGCUGUUACAGGAAGCGAUGGCUGAGCCUGACGAGCCAGAGGCUCAGGACCUGAUCCAGUCGAUCACGCGCCAAGCCGCGGUAAUCAGGGGCACCCGGCCGUAUUGGUAUAAGCAAAGAAAGGAAUUGGAAGCAUAUGCCUACAAUCUGGGCAGACCUGGCCUUUUCGUUACUGCAAAGUGGAAAGCAGCUCCUGAGGCGGCGCGCAUGGUCCUGUCCCGGCAACUACUGCGAGACAACGCCCACAUCGCCGCUUACCACUUCCAUAAGCGUUAUACGCUGUUUAGGACUACUGUCCUGAAGCAGAAGUUCAACCUAACGGACUUUUGGGGCCGUUACGAGUGGCAGGGGGCGAGGAACGAUGGCCAGAUUAACCACUACAACCGCUUGCUUACCGUUGCGUGGCUAGCCAAUACAGAUGUUUCGCCCUGCACGAGCCUCCAGCAGGUAAUCGAUUACGCGGCCAAAUACUGCUCCAAGUCGGAAAAGAAGAGCGAGUCUUUUGCCCAGAUUGGGAAGGCUUUGAUGUCCCGGGUCAAGGACCACAACCCCCUGAUUUCCUUCACGUCAAAGCUCCUUAAUCAGCUGGUUGCUGAGCGGGAUUACUCGAAGCAGGAGGUCAGCCACUUGCUCCUCGGCCUGCCGUUACAGGAAGGCUCACGAACCUGCCUGGACCCUUCCAAGUGGAAGCAAUGGCAGCCAGGCAACGUUAACGUCAUGGUGAUGACCAUUACGGUCGGCCAAAAGAGGCUCGAUUACAGCCUCAAGAUGAUCAAUACGAGGCUCUGCCUGUGGAGGAAGAAUUUGAUGACGAAGACUGGAUUCGCCUCGCCGCCCUUUACCUGA